AGAAGAUCAACAUGGCGCUCUCUCAGUCUCAGGUCUCUCCUCAGAUGAUGACCAUGAGCUUUCUUCCCGGAGAGGAGAAGACGGUGGACGUGGAGGUGUUCGCUCCGACGAAAGGUCCUCUGGAUCUCUACAUCCUCAUGGACUUCUCCAACUCCAUGGCGGACGAUUUGAACAGCUUGAAGAGCAUGGGCGAAGAGCUGGCUAAGUCGGUUCAUACUCUGUCGGAUAACUUCACCAUUGGGUUUGGGAAGUUUGUGGACAAAGUGAUCGAGCCGCAGACGGACAUGAGGCCUGAGAAGUAA